GCCACAGCGAGUGAGACCUCCAUGCGAAAUUCGUUACGUGGUACCGUCGCGCCGCGCUUCUGCCCGAAGUUAUCGCGGGGAGGCGACACCGAGGUGGUGUGGUGGUCGCGCGUGGUGCCCGAUCCCUCCGCGAAGACGGCGAAGACGCCAACGCUCUCGGAAAAAAAAAUGACAUCCCGUCACGAGAAGGAGCGUGCCAAGCAGAUCCAGGAGAAAUGUCAAAAUCUACUGACGCAGAUGCUGCGCGAUGAGGAUAACAAGUAUUGCGUUGACUGUGACGCGAAAGGACCAAGAUGGGCUAGCUGGAAUUUGGGGAUCUUUCUAUGUAUUCGAUGUGCUGGUAUUCACAGAAAUCUUGGAGUACAUAUAAGUAAAGUUAAGUCUGUUAAUCUAGACACAUGGACACCAGAACAAGUAGUGAGCUUACAACAAAUGGGCAAUUCUCGAGCCAGAGCAGUUUAUGAGGCAAAUCUUCCAGAUAGUUUUCGAAGACCUCAAACAGAUUGUAGCCUAGAAAGUUUUAUUCGUGCAAAAUAUGAACAUAAAAAAUACAUAGCUAGAGAAUGGGUGCCACCUCCUUUACCAAAAGUGAAUUGGGACAAAGAACUCGAUGAAGAAGCUGAAAGACAACGUAGACGGAAAAAGGAGAGUGCGGAAGCAACCAGUGUACUCCCACCUGUAAAAAAACCAGAAAUAGUGCCUCAAUUACCAAAACCUCGAAGUUCUGUCAGUCCUAAAUUAAAUAGAACAAAAGAAAGUUCUGCAAUCCUUGAUCUCUUAGGGCUUGAUGCACCAGCAACUAACCAAACAAAUGUAAAUGGUUCUGGUGACGAUGUAUUUUCUUCCUUUUUGUCUGCACCACCUGCAUCAGCUUUGACUGGAAAUGAUGCUGCCAAUGGAACUAAAACAACAACUACUACUACAAGUAAAAGUGAAGAGGAAAGUUUCUUUGACCAACCAACCUCGCUAUCUCAGGAAAAAAGUAAACUGACGAAAGACAGUAUUUUAGCAUUAUAUGGCACUCCAAGUCAUCAACCAGUGGUUUAUGGCGUUGCAGGAAUGUUCCAGACUCCUCAACAUUCUAUAUCAUAUAAACAGCAAAUGCCUAAUGUAGGUGCAUUUGGACAACAAAGUUCUUUGAAUCAACUCGGCCAACUUCCUUCGCAAAUACCAGUUACAAAUCAGAUACCUGUCAAUCAAAAUCAAAUUAUAGCAAAUCCUAAUUCGAUAGGUGCUGUAGCAGCCAAUCCUUUAGGCUUACACAUAGGACAAAUGAAUCAACUAAAUGGUGUACCGAAUGCUGCUAUCACAAUGCCACCUCAAAUGAUGAUGCAGUUAGGACAAAGUAAUAUUGCUAGUAAUAAUGGAUGGAGUGGAAUGCUGACACAGAAUAUUCAACCGGCACCUGGCAGCAAUCCCUUCUUUAAUUUAGCAGCGCAACAACCACAAACUACAGCAUUUGCUCAGUUGCCGCAACAAAUGUCACAGAUGUCUUUGAGUGAUAUGAAUUUUGCCUCUACAGCAAGCAAACCUGCCACUGCUACACUACCAGGGCAAACUCUUUCCACCAAUUUAUGGCAGUAAAAUUAUUGCGAAUAUUAUUAGCCUGUUGAUUAUCUCAUUCAGUGUUGUAUAUUAAUGUGUCGAUUGUUUAUUAUCCAAAUGUAACCAUUUCCAUGUCCACCCGUUGGACAGUGUUUUGGAAAGUAAUAGAAGUAAUAUUGGAAACACAAAUUGAAAAAAAGAGCAACUACUCGAAUGCUAUCUCAAAACAUAAAACAUUAUAUGUUUAUAAUACUUCGAGUAGAUACAUAUUUUUCUUUGAAAGCUUUAUCAGCUUUCAACGUUAUUGUUGGGAAGAAACGAAAUAAGAAUAAAUUUGACUGAUUGUAACGAGUUCUUCAUGUAACACUAAAUGUGUAUCUCAUGGUGCAAAUCUUAUGUUGCUACAAUAAGAGCUUUUGUAAUUGCAAUUAAAAUAUAUACCAGGGUCCAUUUCAGAAUAAUAAAGUAUUCCAUCAUGUCAGUGGUGAAAAACGGUAUAAUUAUGAUUAUAAUUUGGAUUUCGUUGUUAUAGUUGUGCAAAUUUUUUUUUUCAUGGAAAUGCUGCGAGUCGGCGUAAAGUAUAUUUUUUUGUAUUGAACAUACGAUCGAAAAUUAAGUUGACUGGAAUUAUACCGAUUUCAAAUGCUGAUUUAAAUAAAAAUGUACAUCUAUAUGUACAAGUUCCGUUUGAAGUGUAAAAAGACUUGGAUCUUCAAUUUAUUUUUAAGAUAUUUUAUUAUAUUCGACACGUGCAAUAUGUGUCCACAUUUAUUCUGUAUUCGUAAAUAAAUACAAGAUAACAUAAAUGC